GUCCAUCAUGCAAGCCCCAGAGCAUGUUCCGAUGCUAGGCUUUGCCUCCGGUUCUGCUGAAGAGGAUGACAAGCAAUCGGGAGCGAGUGACCACCAUGAAUCAGGUGAACAUCGCACGAUAUACAUCAACGCACCGCAGAAGCAGAAGUUCUGCUCCAACGCUAUCUCGACUGCAAAAUACAACGUCCUCUCCUUUCUCCCCAAGUUCCUAUUCGAACAGUUUCGGCGAUACGCCAACGUGUUCUUCCUUUUCAUUGCACUAUUGCAGCAAAUCCCCAAUGUGUCACCGACAGGCCGCUACACAACGGCUGUUCCCCUCGUCUUCAUUCUCGUUGUCUCAGCCCUCAAAGAAAUUGUGGAGGAUUUUAAAAGGCACCUAGCAGAUGAUGCCGUCAACAAUAGCAUAGUCUUAGCCCUGCGGGACGGGGAAUGGAAGGGGAUCAGGUGGACACAGGUUGUGGUGGGCGACUUUCUCAAGAUCACCAGCGGCCAGUUUUUUCCAGCUGACCUCGUCUUGUUGUCUUCAAGUGAACCACAAGGAAUGUGCUAUAUUGAAACUGCGAACCUCGAUGGUGAAACAAACCUCAAAAUAAGGCAGGGUCUGCCCCAGACGGCAGGGCUGCUCACCACCAAGAGCCUCGUUGAAAUGCAGGGCCACGUAGAAUGUGAAUUGCCGAAUCGCCACCUGUACGAGUUCCUUGGCAACAUCCACAUCAGUAAUCCCAAGCCUUCAAGAACAAGUCCUCUGUGUCCUGACCAGAUUCUCCUUCGCGGUGCCAUGUUGAAGAAUACAACGUGGGCAUUCGGUCUUGUCAUCUACACGGGCCAUGAAUCAAAGCUCAUGAUGAACUCCACUGCUGCCCCGUUGAAGCGGUCUACCGUUGAUAAAGUCACCAACACCCAGAUCAUCAUGUUGUUCCUGCUGCUGAUAGUCUUGGCACUGAUCAGCUCGGUAGCCAGUGAGAUUUGGACUGCAAAGCACGCCGCCACCGACUGGUAUCUAGGCCUAGAUGAUCUGAGCAGCAACAGCAACUUUUGCUACAACUUCCUCACCUUCAUCAUCCUGUACAACAACCUGAUCCCCAUCAGCCUGCAGGUGACCCUGGAAAUGGUGCGAUUCAUACAGGCCAGUUUCAUCAACAUGGAUUCAGAGAUGUACUACGAAGAGACGGACACACCCGCUAUGGCCAGGACUUCCAAUCUGAAUGAGGAACUCGGCCAGAUCAAGUACAUAUUUUCUGACAAGACCGGCACUCUGACUUGCAACAUCAUGGAAUUCAAGCGAUGCAGCAUUGCUGGCCGGAUGUACGGCACUUUAGACGAAGGACUUGAUCCCAAGGAGAUUCACGAUAUUCUUCGCAAGAACACGGCUGCCACACCCUAUGUGCGGGAGUUCUUCACGCUGAUGGCUGUUUGCCAUACAGUGGUGCCUGAGAUUGACCCUGAAACAAAUUACAUCAAGUACCAAGCCGCAUCACCCGAUGAAGGAGCUCUUGUGAAAGGGGCCCGGGAGGUUGGCUUUGUCUUCACAACCAGGACGCCAACACAUGUGACGGUGAACAUUUUUGGUGCAAAUGAGCAGUACGAGAUCUUGAACGUCAUAGAGUUUACGAGUACCCGAAAACGAAUGUCUGUGUUGGUGAGGACGCCUCAGGGAAAGAUUAAACUAUUCUGCAAAGGAGCGGACACUGUCAUAUACGAAAGGCUUGGAGCCGAAAGCCAGAGUUUCAAGGAUAUCAACCUCAAACACCUCGAAGAAUUUGCCUCCCAAGGUUUGCGAACUCUGUGUCUUGCGGAAGCAGACAUUUCUCCGGAGUACUAUGAGGAGUGGAAGAACACGUACCACAAAGCGACCACGUCCCUGCAAAUGAGAGAACGCAAGAUUGACGACGCUGCGCAGCUCAUUGAGACGAAUUUGUCUCUCCUGGGCUCUACUGCCAUUGAAGACCGGUUACAAGACGGUGUUCCAGAAACAGUGGCUGAUUUGUUGAAGGCUGACAUCAAAAUUUGGGUGCUGACAGGUGACAAGCAGGAAACUGCCAUUAACAUAGGAUACUCGACAAGGCUGAUCUCUCAGUCAAUGCCACUUCUAGUCAUUAACGAAGACAGUUUGGAUGGCACACGAGAAGCCAUUCGCAAGCAUGCUCAUGACUUCGGUGAUCUCCUGCGGAAAGAAAAUGAGAUUGCUCUUAUAGUUGACGGAAAGACGCUGAAAUACGCACUGUCUUCCGAUGUUCGGCGAGACUUUGUUGACAUCGCACUUUCCUGCAAAGUCUGCAUCUGCUGCCGGGUGUCCCCAAUGCAGAAAGCUGAAGUAGUGGACGUGGUUAAAAGUACCACUCAGUGCGUGACAUUGGCUAUUGGCGAUGGUGCCAAUGAUGUCGCCAUGAUCCAGUCUGCACACGUAGGUAUUGGCAUCAGUGGCAUGGAAGGCUUGCAAGCUGCCUUGGCUUCUGACUAUUCGAUCGCACAGUUUCGAUUUCUGCGCCGUCUGCUGUUCGUUCACGGAGCCUGGAACCACAACCGAAUGUGUCGUCUGAUUCUAUACUCAUUUCACAAGAACAUCUGUCUUUACGUCAUUGAGUUGUGGUUUGCGGCAGUGAGCGGAUGGUCUGGACAGACAUUGUUCGAGAGGUGGUCAAUCGGCAUGUACAACGUGAUGUUCACCGCCGCUCCUCCUCUUGCCAUCGGUCUCUUCGAUCGCACCUGCAGCGCAGAAGUGAUGAUGAAGUAUCCUGCCCUAUACAAGUCAUCUCAGAAUGCUGAAGGCUUCAAUGCGAAGGUUUUCUGGGUAUGGAUCAUUGAUGCAAUCUACCACUCAAUAGUUCUCUUCUGGCUGACCAUGCUGGGGAUAAAGCAGGACGUUGCCUGGGCGAACGGAAGAGAUGGCGGAUACCUCAUGUUUGGAAACAUGGUGUACACUUAUGUCGUGGUGACCGUGUGCCUCAAGGCUGGCCUGGAGAUGAACUCAUGGACUUGGCCCGUGCACAUGGCCAUUUGGGGAAGCAUCGCAAUGUGGAUACUGUUCCUACUCAUCUACUGCAACAUGUGGCCGAUGCUACCCAUCGGUCCGGACAUGGCUGGCAUGCACGUCAUGAUCUUCUCAUCCGGGAUAUUCUGGAUGGGCCUCGUGAUAAUUCCCUUCAUGGCACUGCUGGCAGAUGUCAUUGUCAUUGUGAUUAGGCGAUCAUGUUUCAAGUCUUUAACCGAAGCUGUGAGAGAAAGUGAGAUUACCCAUGCUGAUCCCGGUCCCGUGAUCCUCCAGGGAACCAAGCAGAAGUUGACAGAAACUGCACGUCUGCUGAAGAAUGUCUUCAUGAAGCCUGUCACCACAGCACACGUACCAAUAGAAGUGGAGCUAAAACAUGGCUACGCCUUCUCUCAAGAGGAACAUGGAGUAGUGCCUCAGGCUGAUCUUAUUCGUGUGUAUGACUCCACCAAGACUAAGCCAAAAGGUGUCUGAAUAAACGACACUCAAGCCGCGAGCACACAUUCCACUCUCAGCAACCAAGAGCUUCGGAAGCGUCUGCAAUGUCAGCUGCAAAUGUGUAUGUACAUACCGAGUGUGACUGCUUCGAAGUCUUCCGUGUUUCUGUGCAUGGAUGCAUUCAUGCGACUUUACUCCUCGUGUUAUAAAUAUGCUGUGCAAGAAAGCCGGCAAACAGGCUGUGCCACAAUUCAGUGUAAUCACAUUUUCCAGCCAGUGAAGGCUCACCUGGUACAAUGUCUGUCUCUUUGCAUGUGAAUUAAGUUUACUUAUGCAAAGAGAUAGUUUCUCAUACGAGGCUGUACCAUUUCUUUUUGCUUGCGUUUGUAAGCAAGUUAGACACAGGCCGGGCUACUAUUUUGUGCAAUAUGACUAGUUGAAUCUCACUCCUCCUUCUUGUAUGUUUUGAGUAUUACUCCAAAACAGAACUAAAUCUUUCUUUUCUUGUUCAAACAUAUUUAAAAACCAAAGAUAAACAAUGUAGAAUACACCACUUAUUUACUUCUCAGGAUUUUUUUUCCUUGUCUCAGUUCAAGUGUUGUCAUGUACAGCUUCAAAGUUUUGUUAUAUAUUACUUGCAGUACUAUUUGCUUCCCUUGCCUUAGAACUUGAGUAACAUUGUGUGCAAGUGCAGUUGCAAACACAGCUGUAAAGAAUAUACGUAUGCCUGCUGUGAAUGGCGAUGUUACUAAAUUAAAAACAGCGAGUACCGUAUUUACUCGCAUAAUCCUCGCACUUUUUUUGCCGGAAAACCGAUGAAAAGUUGGGGGGUGCGAGAAUUACGCGGGGAAAACUUUCUACGAAAACGUACAGAGCGAAAAAGAAAACGAAGUGGCCACAAAUCGGGAUUCUCACACUAACAACUAACAGCAAGCUUUAAGAAGUACUAAUUAAAACUUACCUCAACAAUAAAAGCAGAGGUUCAACACAAGACAGGAUUAAAUUGAGGCACAAAGAGUGGAAGCAAAUAGUCGAGAAUUAGAAUACCAUACGCAAAGCUUGC